CGACUGCGAACACCGCGGCGCGGCGCGGCCGCGUCCGCGUCAUUGAACAACAAGACUCGCUCGAUGGCAGGCGUCUUCCUGCCAAUAUGAAAAAAAGAGUGCUAAGUAACUCUGUUACAAAAUUCGCGAUAGUGGAAUUUAUAUGUUAUCUUUGUUUUAUAAAAUAUUUAUUUUUAUAGUGUUAUUACAUUGAAAACCAUAUUUUUAUUUAUUAGUGAAUGAUAGUUAAUUAUUGUAAAAGCGUUUUACGGGUGUUGUAAUCUCCGUGUAUUGCCCUGUGAUUGUUUUGUUUAAAAUAUUUUAAUCUUUUUAAACAAAUUUGCAAAAUGAGUGGCAGUGUAAUAAAAAACAAGCUCGUUCUAACCAUGGUAGUGUGAUCGAUUUAUCUACGAGUGAAACCAACGGCGUGUCAUCGGAGUUGAUAGAAACAAUCCUGAGUACUGGAAACGUACACAAUUGUGGCCAACACUAAUUCAAAUAUGUGUUGUGAUUUACAGAUGCUCUCGGUACAAGUGCCGGGGUGCGCGGGCAUGGAGCGGCUGGGCGCGCCGGGGGGACCGCGCCUGCGGCACGACCACAGACACCAUCAUUCCACAUUGGAAUGGGAGAAACAACAGAGGUUACAAGCGAUGGUUGGUCGCUUGCAAGAAAUGGUGGAGCAGGAGACGCGCGCGCGGUCUGCCGCCGCCGCAGAACGCCUCGGUUUACCACCCAGCAUACAGCUUCCCGACGGCGAGUACGGUCAAGACGCGCAUCUACAGUUACGAGUCCCUUAUCAGGUCCCAAGCCGAGCUGACGAGAAGCAGUUUUCAACCUCCACCGAACAAGUGCGUGAGCGACGUGCCCGAGUGGGCGGGAAUGGCGGACGCGCCGCCGGGGCGUCGGGGUCCGGGCGGCGGGGGCGGCGGCAAGAAAGACGGCCUUCUGCAAAAGGCGACUCGAUGGUGGGUGCGCAUGGGCGCGCGGCCGCCGCCCACGUUCCUGCCGGCCAGCGCGCCGCCGCCCUGCGUGAUGGUGCCACGCCGGGCUGCGCCCUCGCCGCCGCCCGACGCGUGACGUCGCCGCAUCUCCGCACCUCUCUAUCAUAUCACGCUUACAUUCCAUUAUCGGGACGAUCAGACUCGUCGGAGUGCACGCGCGUCCCGGAGUAUUAUAGACUUGAUAAUUUAUUUAUUUGGGACUCGCGCCCGCCCGACCGGGCUGCGGAGCGCGUACGCGUGCUUUGUGAUAUGUGCGACAGGGUCGUGUAGUGACAGUGCAGACCGUACGGAGUGAGGCGGGGCGACCGACCGCCGCCGCCGCGAGCGUAACUAGUCUUGAUACUUUAAUCGGUUUAGACGUAGAGAUAAUUGUUUCUAUUGAAAUUUUAUGAAACUAGACGAGGUUUCACUGCCCGCUAUUCGUGUUAUAGGUGUGUAUGGCGUUGCAUUGAGUGUGCGUCUGUGUUCCUCGCACUGUCUUUGAGUUUUUGAAAACUAAGACUGAAAUAAAUAAAAAAGAUAACACUUUAAAGUUUACAUUGAAUAUGUUGUCUUAGGUAAAAUUAAUUCAAAUAGAAACAAUUAAAAUAUUUAAAGAAUCUUUCGAUUGUAACCUUCGAUGAUAUUGUAUAUUAUGAAAAAGGUCAGUCAAUAGUAUGCUAUUAAUGUCUUGCAAUGUACAGUUCAUGUUUAAGUAACCUAUUUUAAAGUUUAAUUUCUAUCCAGCAGCUAAAAUCUGUGUUUAAACAACUUUUAUAUUUAUUUAAAUAUAAUGUAUAAAAUAAUGCAUAUCAGUACAGUAAUCACAAGGAAUAUUAAUUUACAAAGCAUAGUUACUAUUUUAUUGUAAAUAUUGUCUCUAAUUUAAUGUUAGAUUAUGCAAUGACCGAAUGUCAAAAUAUGAAGGUCGUUUUCAUUGAGUGUUUAUUACAUUCCAUAUUUAUGUUGAAAUAUUUUAAAUUCUUGCUUAUCUGCCGACAACCGACAACCCACUAAACUGAUUAAAUAGUUCGCCGUCUUGGUCUUUACCAUUAAACUAAAAAUCUGUCAUGCUGACAAUAAUUAAAUAGUGAGUAAUUUUUUCAGUGCAGAUAAAUCUCUUUAGAGAAUAGUCAUUAAUUAAAAAAAUUGGUUGAAUUAGUUUUAAAUUAAAUAUGUAUUUAUUAAUUAUAUCAUAAGGUCAGGUAUUAGAGGCCUGCUUGCAGGCUCAAAUAUAUUUUGAGAUAACAUAUAAUUGUAUUCCUAUUAUAAAUUAUUCAAACUUCCCACUGUAGUCAUCUAAAAACGUGAUAUACCUAGCUAAAAUUUGUUAAAUUACUCGCAUAUUUUCUGCUAUAGGCCUGUAAUUUAGUCCAUAAAUUAUAAAAACUUGUAAGCAUAGCUAGAUAAUAGUAAUUGGCCUGUAUCUCGAAAAAUUCUGGUGCUUAAUGAAAAUAUAAAUUUAAAUUGUGAA